AUCAUUGCAAAACCAACAUCGGGCAGAGUACAAACCAAUUUUUUAAGUUAAAAUUUACGUAUACUUUUAUAUUUUUAUGUCUUUUAAGUACCUACUUAAUUUAUUUUAUGUGAAAAUAAUUAAACGUUAUUAUAAAUAAAUCAUCAAACCAAAUUGAUCCUGCAGUAGCAACGAUAGAAAAGCAACAUCCAGAUUUUGAAAAAUCGCUCACACACUUCAUUUCCAGUAGAAGAUAGUAAUUUAAAAUUACUGAUAUUUCUGAUACAAACGGAAAACUAUCGGGCCGAUCUAAAUCACCUAAGCAGACAGACGACGAAACUUUGUCACUCUUAAUGAUUGAGAACGGAGAUAUGACAAAAAACAAAUGGAAAUCCGAUUUUGUCAAUAACCGAUCAAGUGAAAAAAAUGAGCAAUCAAGAAAAGUAAAUGCCGUGCAUAGGCUUAGUGUCUUGUCUGUAGGCUUCAUUUCAGCCCUCCACCCAACUUCAUAUCUUGAUACAUUAUUCAAUAUGUUGAAAGGAAACCUAGGAUGUGGAAUUUUGGCAAUGGGUGACGCAUUUAAAAAUGGAGGAUUACUUUUAUCACCAGUUUUAACAUUUGUCAUUGGUUCAAUUUGCGUUUAUAACCAACACUUACUAGUGGGUUGUUCAAAAUCUGUUAAAGAAAAACUGAAAUUACAGCAUAAUCCUGAAUUUGCUGAGACGCUAGAGCUAUCAUUUCAAACCGGACCCAAACGAUUUCAAAGCUAUUCAAUAUUUUUUCGGAAUAGUGUAAAUACAUUUGUAGUCAUCACACAGAUGGGAUUUUGUUGUGUCUAUAUUCUCUUCGUAUCCAAAUCCAUUCAACAGAUGAUGAGUUGGUAUCAUAUAGAGUUGGAUGUACACAUGAGCAUAUUAAUAUCAUUAAUACCUAUUUUAAUUUCGUCACUCAUCAGAAAUUUAAAAUUUAUCGCUCGAUUAUCAGCAAUAGCGAAUUUCUGUAUGCUAAUUGGUUUAAUUGUCAUUCUAUAUUACUGUUCCUUUGAUUUGCCAUCAAUAACCUCGAGAGCCUAUGUAGCCCAUUGGACUACAAUACCUCUAUUUUUUGGAACCAGUAUUUUCGCAUUUGAAGGAAUUAGUUUGGUUUUGCCUUUAGAGCAAGAGAUGAAAAAUCCUAAACAAUUUUCGACUUCAUUCGGAGUACUAAAUGUGGGUAUGGUAAUUACUACGAGUCUUUUAAUACUAACUGGUUUUAUGGGUUAUUUAAAAUUUGGAGAUGCAGUACGAGGUAGUCUUACUUUAAACUUACCUGAGGAAUUUUUUUUUUCUAAAGUCGUUAUUUCAAGUAUGAUGUUUGGUAUUAUAUGCACAUAUACAUUGCAAUUUUACGUUCCAGUUGAAAUCAUUUGGCCAAGAGUUGAGAAUAAACUUGGACCUUUCAAAUCACCUUUACUAUGGGAAAUAGGACUACGUGUUGUAUUGGUGUUAAUUACAUUUUUAGCGGCUGACAUAAUACCGCACUUGAAUUUGUUCAUAUCGCUAAUUGGUGCUGUGGCCAGUACGUUCCUGGGGCUAAUAUUCCCGCCGCUAUGUCACAUGGCCGUUAUCGGUUCCGACGAUAGCAAUGUCGGCUACGGUCGAUUUCAAUGGCGGUUGGUGAUGAACAUCAUUACGCUACUGUUGGGUGGCCUAGGUUUUGCUACGGGCACAUACGCCAGCGUAUACGAGAUAUGCCACGAGUUCCAGAUUCCGCUAAUGUCGUCCGAAGCCGUUACUACUGCUGCUACUAGUAUCGUUAAUUCCACUUUACAAGCAGUGCACUGAUCAUCCGUUAUUUUAUCAUUGACCUCGUCAUAACCAACAACACCAUCGUCUUACUACGUCUCCGUCGUUGCUUAUACAUGCCCCGCUCAUCUUGGUACGCGGCUGUCGUGUAGUCCAGUGGUGUUGGUUUAAACCAAUGAACUCACAAUCGUUAUUUCGCGUUGUGUGUGGAUGGUGCUCAAUGUUUACGAUUUAUAAUAAUAACAUAUAGAUACAUCCUACAAAUGUGUAAUAUUUAUGCAUGAUUAUUUAAGUAUAUAAAUUUAUGUACAAUAGAAUUUAUAUAAAUCUAUAUAGAGUAGAUAUAAGACACUUGUAAGAAUAUAAUUGUUUGUAAGUUAAAAAUUUUGUGUAAUUCUCGAUAUAUUUAUUUUUUAUUUAAUACUAUUUUUACUCUCCAUAC